AUGAAGGCCCGACAUGCGUACGAAAAGGAUGGUUUUGUGCCCAGCGAGGUCCUUCUGAAGGUGCCUUACACAAUCGGAAGACUAUCAUUUUCAUUUCGUCUUGUGGCUCUGGUUCACUCGGAGGUUUACGCAUGGACAACAGCACACAUAGACCUUAUUCCGAUUAUACCGCUACAGAUCAUGGAUGAUGUUACAAAUACAAAGAACAUUGCCAUCGGCUUGUUCAAUGCAGCAAUCUGA